AUGAAUACACCUAUCUGGACGGGCAGAAGGAUGGAGGAUGUCUGCGCAAUUGGCCAUGUUCCAAACAAAAAAAAUGUGGACCGCCUUGUCCCGGGGCACACAUACCACGCUGGGGUAGAGUACGGCUCACCGCAUGUGGUGUUUUACCGCAGGUCAACACUAAUACUUCUGCCGUUCAAGAGCAUUGCCAUUCCAUUUUAUUUCGAGUCAGGUGUGCGAGAAAAGAAGGAACGUCGUUUGUCAGGUUGCAAGCUUUACUGA